AUGAUAGAGAUGUGAAGCUCUUACAGAACGUGGGAAAAGGGCUACUAUUUAUCUUUCAAAGUAGAAGGAUCUCCAAGGUCUGCAUUUGAUACGAGUCUUCUAAAAGGCAGGAGUUAAGACCUGCAGUUGUGUCGUAGUGACUGAAUUCCUCUCGAAAAUGAGAAGACUCGUUUAUCUCCUUCUAGGCCUAGUUUUGAUGCAUGGCACUGCCUCUCAGGCCCCGAAUGAAGGACGCCCUCCUCGCAUAGUGUGUUACUACACGCCAGGAAACCCCGACAUCGAAGACGUUCCAGGUGACCUCUGCACAAACAUCCUCUACAGCUUCGGCUCUUUGAACACGGACACAUGGGAACUCGUACCAGGAAACUAUAAGUUCGACAUCGAAGAAGGAGGCUACAAGAGAUUCACGGGUCUCAAGGAGAAGUUUCCUGACCUGAAAACUGAUCUGUCGUUUGGCCACGAAAAUUUCAAGUACCUGGUCAGGUACAAGGAGAGGAGAGACAAGUUCGUCGCUAGUGUUGUCAAGCUGCUGUCCGAAUAUGGGUUUGAUGGGUUCGAUAUAGACUGGGAGUUUCCACAGCUGCCGAUCGAAAGGCAGAAUUAUCCCGUCCUAAUCGACGAACUGCGAGCAGCUUUUGAUGCAGAGGGACGAGGCUGGAAUCUGAGUAUGGCUGUGCCUUCCAACAUCUACUUGACAGCCAUGGGCUACGAUGUGCCAGCACUCUGCAAGUCUUUGGAUUCCGUGAAUUUCAUGGGUUACGACCUGAGGAGCGAAGAGGAAGGUUUCACCGACGUUCACUCUCUCUUGUAUAGGAGACCGAAGCUUGAUUUUUUCAUCUAUUAUUACACCAAUGUGAAUGACUGCAUAAUGAAAUGGGUCAAUGACGGCUGCCCUCGACACAAGCUGAUGUUAGGCGUGCCCUUCUACGGGCGAUCUUUCACUCUCCUGAAUCCAUCUUGGCACAACCUCCACGCCCCGGCGAAAUUCGGCAAAGCCGGUUGGGUCAACUAUAACGAGAUUUGCAAAAGCUUCCUCGACGAACCAGGCUGGGUUCGGGAAUAUGACGACGUCGGUUUGGUACCGUGGGCUUACAAAGAUCUGUUAUGGAUUGGUUACGAAGACGCGGACUCUCUCAUGAUCAAGAUGAACUACAUCCGGGAGCAAGGAUUUGGUGGGGCCAUGAACUGGAGAAUCAACACUGACGAUUACACUGGGUAUUGCGGACAGGGCACAUACCCUCUGCUCAGAACACUGAACUACGGUCUUGAAAACUAUACCGUCCCAGUGGAUGCUCCCAGCAGAGUUCCGUGAGAAGCACCAGAGUGUAUACUUGUUGAUCGAUGGGUUUCUUUAAUUAGUAAUAAAAAAAGAUACUC